AUGAUUUGGCACCAGAUCCAAACAGCUAAGAAAGACAAGAAAGACCUCUAUGUCAUCUUCCCCGAGAGAACUAAGGAAGGGCUCCGUCUCCCACCUAGCCGAGCAUACAUGGAUGACAUGACUACACUGACCACCACUGCAGCAUGCCCCAGGCGGCUACUUGCAAAACUGCAGGAUAACAUCAAGUGGGCCCGGAUGAAAAUCAAGCCAAGCAAAUCUCGAAGCAUCUCCAUAGUCAAGGGACAGCUUAAAGAUGUGAGGUUCUGCAUUGGAGAUGACCCGAUACCAACGGUGUCUGAGCAACCCAUCAAGAGCCUGGGUAGAUGGUACAACGAAAGCCUCCGGGAUAAAGAUCAAGUUCAGCAAGUAAGGCAGGACAUCGCCGACGGUCUUGAGAACAUCAACAAGACCCUACUGCCUGGGAGGCUCAAGCUUUGGUGCCUACAGUUUGGACUUCUCCCCCGGGUAAUGUGGCCACUCACCGUCUAUGAGGUCCCAAUAACAACAGUGGAGAUGAUGGAGCGAACCAUUACCUCAUACGUGAAGAAAUGUCUGGGUGUCCCACGAUGCCUGAGUAACAUCGGCCUCUAUGGCAAAGAGGUCCUUGAACUACCUCUUACAAGUCUAACGGAGGAGUACAAGUGCUCUAAAGUAAGACUUCAGAUGACAUUGAAGGACUCCAAAGACCAGACCAUUAGCAAGGCUGCACCUCCCCUACAAACUGGACGGAAAUGGACAUCAUCCAAGGCUGUGCAGCAAGCAACAUCAGCCCUGAGACACCAAGACAUUGUGGGGAAUAUCCAGCAUGGAAGAGGAGGCUUUGGCCUGGCAGCAAGCAAACCAACGUUCCAUAAGGCAACAACAUCUGAACGCAGGAAGCUGGUGGUCGAGGAGGUGCGCAGACAGGAGGAGACUGCAAGAAGUGCAAAGGCUGUCUCUCUUGCUAAACAAGGGCAAUGGACGCGGUGGGAAGGCCUGGAGAGGAGAAAGAUCAACUGGAGUGAGCUUUGGCAAAUGGAGGCAAGCAACAUCAGCUUCAUCAUAAGAGCUGUUUAUGAUGUGCUUCCAUCACCAAAAAAUCUACAUCAAUGGUAUGGCGAGGACUCGACCUGCCCCCUCUGCCCAGCUCCAGCGACUCUCAGGCAUAUAAUGACAGGUUGCAAGACCAGCCUCUCACAAGGCCGCUACACCUGGAGGCACAAUCAGGUCCUCAAGAGCCUGGCUGCAGCACUUGAGACCAAGAGGAGUGCAACCAAUUCAUUACCUCCAAAAACAAGCAAUCCCGUCAAAACAAAAACAUUCAUCCGGGAGGGACAGAAAAGGCCCAAAUAUCCUCCUACGAAGCCAGAAACUGGACACCUAGCCAUGGCCCGGGACUGGAAGAUGCUUGUCGAUAUUGGCCAGCAACUAAUUUUUCCAUCUGAGAUUGCUUCUACCAACCUUAGGCCAGACAUGGUACUCUGGUCCCCUUCACGAAAGGCUGUGUACAUCAUAGAGCUCACAGUCCCGUGGGAAAACUCUGUUGAAGAGGCCUACGAGCGUAAGAAACUGCGUUACACAGAGUUGGCAGCAGACGCAACUCAGCGUGGCUGGAAUGCAAAAGUCUGGCCAGUUGAAGUGGGAUGCAGAGGAUUCGUGGCUUCUUCCACCAUCAGGUUGCUGAAAGAACUUGGAAUCCAUGGACAGGCUCUGCGGCAGACCGUCAGAGCAGUUUCUCAAGCAGCUGAAAGAGGCAGCCAGUGGAUCUGGAUCAAACGGAAGGACCCUUGCUGGGCUAUAACUUCAUGA